GGUUUGCAUUCUUUGUCACAUGUCCUGUUCCGAGGUCAGAGGGAAGUUUGAAUCGUAGGCCGUUUGUGUAUCUGUGUUGGACGGUGGAGAAAUCUAGUGAGUGCAGGAAGAGCCCCUCUCACCGCCUCCUGCUCUACACCCGGCUAUCGUGUGCCUGGCCGCCGUCCGCUUACUGAGGUGGCUUAGUUAAAAGCAGCAAGCCCCUUUCCAAAAUGGAUGCUGGCAAUUUCACAUUUCUGGAGGAUGAGAAGUUUGACUUUGAUGUUUCCCUAUCUCCUUCAAGUGCUAAAGACACUGAAGAUUGUGAAGAUGAAGUGUUCAUUGGGCCAGUUAAACACAAAGAAAAAUGUGUUAGUGCAUCUAUACAGUUGCAUGAAUCGGAUAAAGCGCCUCUUCCCGAUGAUCAAGGUGUCUGGAGUCCUCUAAGUGGUGAUAAAUUUGUCGAAAUCUUCAAAGAAGCUCACUUACUGGCACUACAGCUGGAAUGUUCUGCAAGUGAUGACAAAAAAGAGCCACUGCAGACUGUCCCAAACCCAGUUGUGGAAAAAUUUGUACAGGAAUCCAAGUCGAAACUAAAACUUUUUGAUACACUUAAUGGAGUCAAUAAAACACCAAUUGCCAUUAAAAGAGAGACUUAUUGUAUACAAGAUAGCCCACUCCACCAACUUCCGCCAUCGGUCCAACAGCAGAUUGUCGGGCCUAAUACGGAUGCUCAAAGGUCUCAAAGCCUGACAAGCCCCAAAGCAGCAAAAGUAGUGAAAUGUUUGUUGGUCUCUCCUCUUGCACAGAAAGCAAAGGCUCCUCAGGUGAAAAGUACGGUUUCAUCGCUAGGCAUCGGUAAAAUGGUUAGCAGACUGCAACCUAUAAAGGCAAAUUCUGCACAAUCAAACAAGAACAGUCUAACUGUGGAAAAGCCAAAAGCUGUUAAAAAACCAAGUCCAGUGGGAAGGAAAAAUCUGAGCAGCAUGGGUUCUAUAGAAGACUUGGUUUCUGGAAAUUCUAGCAUUGCAUCUGAUAUCAGUGACUCUUCUUUCAACAGCUCUGCAGGGCAGAGCAAAAGGACUCUGACUUAUCAGAACAAGCUUCCUUUAGGCAAAACACAGUUUAAAACCCCAUCAGCUGCUCCAAGUCUCAGGAAGAAUACCUCAUCUUCAUCAUCUUCCCAUUCCAGUGUAAACACUAGCUUGAAUUCCAGUUCGUCCUCUCCACCUGCUGCCAGUGCUAAACGAAAUGCAUCUCUUAACACAUCCCUGAGCACCUCAAUAAACGGCUCAAGACUGAAGCCAAAUAUGAACAAACUUGUACGUCCUCUUGGUGGGAUAGGAUCUACAUUAAAGAUGGCCAGUUCAGAUGUAAACAACCGUCUUAAACCAAAUGCAGUGGCAAAAACAAAUGGUAACAAACCCGCAUCAGUGUCUAUGGCCCAGCCACACACUCCAGCUGGCAAAUUUCAAAGGCAGACUUCUGCACCUAAUCUACUUAGACUGCUUCCUCCUGCUAAACCUGAAAGUGGUGUAAAAAUGUCCACAAAGCCGCAGGCAAGAAUAAUGCCUACCCCAACAAGCAGACUAAAGCCACCACAAAAGUCAGAGGGGCUGUCGCCUGAAGGCACAACAAGACGAUCUCUAAAGCCAACACGAUUACUUUCAUGUGGGGAAAUUGGAAGUGCCAUUGUACAAAGCACUCCUAUGGGAGCUGCUAAAGGAAUGAACUCCAGUUUCAUAGGAAGAUGUAUUUCAGCAACUCCCAGUUCAAAACGUACAUCUGCUUUGCCUACACCAGUUAGUCGCAGAACAUCAGGAAUUUUAACAACUCCAAGGACUGUCCCAAGAGCUAUUCCAUCUUUCCGACCUACACCAGCUUUUCAGACUUCUAGCAAGUCAUCCAAGAAGUUAAUUGUUGGAUCGGAGUGUGAGCAAACCAAGCCCAAGCUCUCUUGCAGUCCAAUUUCUCCUACUGAAGACCAUAUUGCUGCAGAAAUUUGUUGUUCCUUAAACUUCUCUCCUGAAAAUAAAUCUGAGAAGCAACAAGCUGUGACAAUCCCACAGCGCACCGAGGUAAUGCAUUUUCAGGUUUUAUUAAUUGAUAUUGAGGUGGAAAAAGCUAAUACUAAAAUACGGAAGCAAGUGUCGAUUGAAAAUGACAGUCAACCUCUAAUUGAUCUUUCAAAUACCCCUGACCAGAACAAGCAACCUAUCCUACUGAAACCAACACAUGUUACCCAGUUAAUUGACUUCGGCUCUCCUCUUAUAAAGCUGAGCCCCGCAGCCAACAAAGAAAACAUGGACUCUCCCCUCCUGAAAUUUUGAAUAUUAAAAAUAUGACUUGAGAAUUAUGGAUCAUUACGCACAAUAACGAAUUUGCUUUGUACAGCUCUGCACUACUUGAAAGUAAUCUACAAAAAUGUGCACAAUAUGCACUCCGUUCGUUUUUUCCGUAAACAUGGAGUCUGAACCUUUGUGGUACUGACAAACUGAUUUUGGAGACCUCUGUGCAACCUCUACGGUUCUGCUCUCUGGAUCACCUAGGCCACAGAUACUUAAUUUUUAACGCUACUGGCAGUGUUGGGAGCUAUCCACAUGCCGGCUACAUGUUUCUACAGGGCGACUAUGAUGAGUGACUCUUGCAUGUAACAGGAGCCCAAAAUUUGGGGGCACUAUGGAGAUUGAGGAAAUAUAAUGGUAUUUCUAGAAUAUGAACAUUACUGUUAUGGCUUUACUUUAACCUGUGAUAACCUAAAUGAUUGACAUUCAUUCAGUGCUGGAUGUUUUCUCAUCUCUCAUAAACCACAACUUGUCAAUGUGUUGUAAUAUUGGUCUGUAUUAAAUAACAUGGCCAUCUGAAAAUGAUGCUUAAAUGUAUUGUCACCUUUUUUAAAUAAGGUACUGGAUGUGUGUAUGUUUAAGUAAAUGUGAAAAGAGCUAUAAAAAUAUUGAGUGAUCAAUAUUUGAUUUUAUGUUGUACAUUUUCACUUUGAAUUGUGUAUAAUUGAAAAAUUAAAAGAUAUUUGGUAAGUUUCUCUGUA